UGCACAUGAUGUGCUGUAGGUUUUAUUGCUUUCCUAUGUGAAGUUAUCUUGUUGCCUAAAAUCCUUUUUAUAUCAAAGUUGCCUCAAUCCUUUUCAUAUUGAGAUCUCAAAGUUGCCUUAAAUCCUUUUGAGAGAUUGCCUAAACUCCUCCAUUGAGAUGGCUUAUGCAUCUCUACUUUCACUUGCUUAAACACUAGAGCAGAUCCAACAUCCUCAGGAUCAAUCUCUAAAUGUUCAUCAUACAGAGCAACAGAUCAUGAGAUCUCUCAAUGAAAAGGUUAAUUUCUUUGUGGAUUUUCUGGAUGUUAUUUCACCAAAAAGUAGUGAGAAUAUUAGUGAUUUGGAAGGAAGAAUCAGAGAUGCAGCGUAUGAAGCGGAAGAUAUAUUUGAAUCCAGUAUGUCGAAUCAGAUUGACUCAAAAUGGGAGCAGAAAUACGAAGGCUUGCAGAAGGUAAUAGAAGAACUCGCUACCAUUUCAGAAGAUUUGGUAAAGAUGAUGGAAAGGAACGACUUAGAAAUUGUGAAAUCAAGGAACACCUUUCAUCCUGCUCGAUCCAGUAAUAAGAUUGCUAUUGUAGGAAUUAAAGACGAGAUUUUGAAGAUUAAGGAUCUGCUGAUUGGUCCGAAAUCAGAACUCUGUAUCAUCUCAGUUGUUGGGAGGCAAGGCCUUGGCAAGACUACACCGGCAAAAAUAAUUUAUAAUGACUCGGAUAUUGCCUCUCACUUCGAUAUUCGUGCAUGGGCAACGGUAUCAAGAAUGUACUAUGAACAAGUACUCAGUCAUCUUCUGCAUUCCAUAAGAGGCCUCAAUCAAGAAUCAAGCCAAGAGAGCGCAGAAAAAUUAGCUGAGAAUCUAUAUAAAUUUUUGAAGAACAAGAGAUGCCUCAUUGUCCUGGACGAUUUUUGGGAUAGACAGAUUGUGUUGAAAGUCAAAAGUUGGUUUCCACAUGAUAGUAAUGGAAGCCGAAUUUUGUUGACCAGUGAAUGGGAAUCUGCGGCCAUGUAUGAUGAUCCUAAAUGCUACAUUCAUAAGAUGAGAAAUCCAACUGAAGAUGAAUACUGGCCUCUGCUGCGAAAUUUGGUGUUUGAUAAAGAAAGAUGUCCUCAUGAAUUGGUCGAAAUCGGAACGAUGAUUGCAAUGAAAUGCAGAGGACUUCCAUUUUUACUUACGUUGAUCGGUGGUGUCCUGUACAAAUCCGAGAGGACACAAAGUUACUGGAGGUUUAUAAAGCCAGAUAGAUCGAAAAGCUUGGAAGAAAUGGCAGAGGAUUAUCUAAAAGAUCUUAUCGAUAGAAAUCUGAUUAUGGUUCGUGAGUGGAGUUAUAGAGGUGAAAUCAAAACCUGCAGCAUCCAUGGUAUCUUGAGGCUCUUCUGCCAGCUGAGAACUAGGGACAUUUUCUGUCCUGAUUUUGAGAAUCUUCCAGAUGUCCAUGUCAAUCUUCGUCACCUUAGUAUUCUCAGAGAAGUGAAGAAUCAAAUCCCCAAAUUCAAUCUUGCAUUCAAUCUUGAUUUGCGUAUCCGCUCUGUUACAUAUUUUCGCAAUAGGCUGUAUGAUAUACAUUUUCUCAAGAGUUUUCGGCUGCUGAGGAUAUUGGAUGCACUCACAAUAUGGUUUGACGAGUUUCCUAUCGAAAUAGUAGAACUGGAGACUUUGAGGUUUUUUCUUUGACCUAUUGGGCAAAGCAUAGGAUUCC